AUGCCUGUUGGUCACUUCCCACUUCAAGACAAGAUCGUUGUCAUCACUGGAGGCGGCUCAGGGAUAUGCUUCUCAUUUGCACAACUUGCCCUCACUAGUGGCGCUCGAGGCAUCCUCAUAUGUGACCUCCAACUCACCCCGGCCGCCCAAGAUCUGAUCAAUCAAACUCCCGACGAAGUCCAUUUCAUGAAAUGCGACGUCACAGACUGGAACGAUCUGGAAGCAAUACCACCCAAAGUCGAAGAGGCUUUUGGAAAGGGCCAAGUGGGCGACGUCUGGAUUGCCGGUGCAGGAGUCUUCGAGCCGAAAUGGUCAUCGUUUAUCUACGACGAGGAGAAAGAGGGCGGCUACAAAGCUAUGAGAAUUAACGCCGAGCAUCCCAUCAAACUCACCCGCAUCGCCAUGCGCAGCGCCAUCUCCGUCAACAAACCCUGCGCGGUUCUAAUAGUCUCUUCCGGCGCCGGCAUCACAGGACAAUAUGCCGCCGCACUCUACUGCGCAACCAAACACGCCGUCGUCGGCUUCACCAAAUCCAUGGGCCAGGCAGAUAUCGACGAGAACUGCAAAAUUGUCUGCAUCCUCCCCGGCAUGGUCUCCACUCCACUCUGGACAGGCCGAUCAGAUGCCGUCGCGAGCCAAUUCAGCUACACCGACGAGGUAUGCAUCACGCCGGAGGACGUCGCGCAGGGCAUGAAGGAGAUGAUUGAGGAGGAGAAGUAUCCUGGGGGUUCGCUGAUGAGUAUUGCGAAGGGAAAGCUGAGGAAUGUUCUUGAGAGCAAGUUGGCGUUUGCGAACGAUGGCAGUGAGAUUUACAAGCAGUUUGAAAGCAAGUGCUAUGCGCCCAUUAGGGAGAUUUGGAAUGGUGAGAGGGGGACUAAGUUGUCGUGA